AGAGAUCAUAAGAGAUGCCAAGGCCUAAUCACUCAUCUUCAAUGGCUAACUUGUGUAGUUUGAUCAGCUCUCAUUCAUGGCUAAUCACUCUCCUGAUUGUCUCCUCGGCCUCUCUCAAUGGUGUUCAUGUCAUUGCUGAUAAUGAGAAGAAGGUUUACAUUGUAUAUAUGGGUGCACUAUCAAAGGCUGAGGAUGGCUACUCCACAGAAACUGUCCAUUUGAAUAUCUUAGAACAAGUCCUUGAGAGAAGCCCAGCUAGAGAAUCCUUAGUUUGCAGCUAUAAAAAUAGUUUUAAUGCAUUUGCAGCUAAGCUCACAGAACAAGAGCAAAGAAAGCUAGGAGGCAUGGAAGGUGUAGUCUCUGUAUUUCCAUGUAGAACCCUUAAACUUCACACAACAAGAUCAUGGGAUUUCUUGGGUUUUCCAAGCACUGUAAGAAGAAUGCCUACCAUUGAGAAUGAUAUCAUUAUUGGCAUGAUUGACUCUGGAAUCUGGCCUGAAUCAGAGAGCUUCAAUGAUAAUGGGAUCGGUCCUCCGCCGGGCAAAUGGAAGGGUAUUUGCCAAAACAUUACCUGUAACAAUAAAAUUAUCGGGGCACGAUUUUACAAUGCCGAAAAUAAAUACCCCAAAGUGGAAGAGAAGUCCUCCCGUGAUACUAUAGGACAUGGAACCCACACUGCUUCUACAGUAGCAGGUGUUGAAGUUAAAAAUUCAAGCCUUUUUGGCCUUGCUGAAGGGACUGUAAGAGGAGCUGUUCCCUCUACAAGGAUAGCUAUCUACAAGGCCAGUUGGAAUUUUAGUUGCACUGACCACGAUUUGCUGGCUGCAGUUGAUGAUGCAAUUGAAGAUGGUGUUGAUAUAUUAUCAGUUUCCAUUGGGGAUUCAGUUGCUAGAGUUUUCAUGGAAGAGCCUAUUGCAAUUGGAGCAUUGCAUGCAAUGGAGAAAGGGAUAUUGACCUCUACAUCUGCAGGAAAUUGUGGACCAAAAAUGGUUACUAUCACAAAUCUUGCCCCAUGGAUGUUAACUGUAGCAGCAAGCAACACAGAUCGUCGGAUCAUCAGUAAUGUCGCGACGGGCAAUCAGAUUACCAUGGAGGGACAUGCAAUCAACACAUUCCCAACUGAGAAAAAGGCAUCCCCAAUUAUAUAUGCAGGUGAUCAUGCUGCACAUAACUUUAGCAGUAAAGAAGCAAGUGCAUGUAGACCUGGCUCCUUGGAUAAAUAUUUAGUGAAAGGGAAGAUUGUCCUCUGCGAUGAGUUAUCUGAUGGCAGCGAGCCCUUCCUUGCUGAUGCUCAAGGAAUGGUGAUAAUAGAUAAUACUGAGCAAAAUGAUUCAAGCUCUUCUUAUCCUUUACCAGCAACAGCUAUCAGCAUUGCUGAUGGUGAACAAUUAAAGCUCUAUUUGAAUACUGCCAGAAUUCCCGUGGCAAAAAUCUACAAAAGUGAAGCAAUUUAUGAUCCUAAAGCUCCACAUGUGAUUUCAUUCUCUUCCAGAGGACCCAACACUCUUUCACCAGAUAUCCUCAAGCCAGACUUAAGUGCCCCGGGGGUAGAUAUCUUAGCGGCAUGGUCUCCAAAAGGCAAAGUUUCAGGAUACCAAGGUGACAAGCACUCUGUAAUGUACAACAUUAUAUCUGGAACAUCCAUGGCUUGCCCUCAUGCAACUAGUGCUGCUGCUUAUGUCAAAACAUUUCAUCCCUCAUGGUCCCCUGCUGCAAUUAAAUCUGCUCUCAUGACAACAGCUUCUCCCAUUAAUGCGUCCUAUCAUGAAGAGGCUGAAUUGGCUUAUGGUGCUGGUCAGAUUGAUCCACUAAAGGCUGUCAAUCCAGGUCUUGUGUAUGAUACCUCGAAAGCUGACUAUAUACAAGGGUUGUGCAACUUGGGUUAUAAUCCGGAUUAUAUUAAAAUCAUUGCCGGAGGUAAUGUUACUUGUGCCAAGCAAAAUGGAACCGAUGCUCUUUUAAACUAUCCUUCUAUGGGUGCUUCAGUUACUAUUGGAGUACCAAUCGAUAGAUAUUUCCCGAGGACAGUUACCAAUGUUGGCUUACCAAAUUCUACAUACAAGGCCACAAUUGGACCACAAAAACUACUAAAUGUUACAGUUAUUCCCAACGUUCUAUCUUUCAAGUCUUUGAACGAGAAGCAGAAUUUCACUGUACAUGUUACGGGGCCAGGAAUUGACCAAGAUUCGAUCAUCUCUACAUGGUUACUGUGGUCUGAUGGGGAUACAUAAUGUAAGAAGUCCUAUUGCAUUCUGGACCUAUUAGUGAAAUUAAUAGUCUUUGUUCAAAAAUGUAUUUAGAAUUAGUUGAAUAAUUGCUAAGAGCAUAUUCUCAAGAAAAA